AUGUUCGGGAUAAUUUAUCCGCAAGCUCCAGAUAUUACAUACCAGGUCCAUGAUCAAGGACAUACAUGGCUUCUUACAAGCAUUUUUUUGCAAGUUAAAAUACUGAGUUUGAACAGGGAUAUUACAUACCAGGUCGCUUGGCGGACUUGAACAGGGGCUUUGGUAAGAGCGGAACACUUUGAGCCCCACUGCUAUGGAGAGGAUGGAAUCGAUUGAUAACUCCUGCAGUUUGAUUUGCCAUUUGAUUGAUCAGGAAAAAUCUCGCGGAAUACCACUGGAUAGGAUCGUCAUUGGCGGAUUUGGUAUGGGAGGGAAUCUUGCUAUGCAUGUAGGGUUCAGGUAUACUCGUAAGAGGGUCAUGACUUACAGAUAUAAUAUUCGAACUCAAUUUUGGUGCCUUAAACUUUAAAAAGUCGAUGAUAUGAAUCUAACACCCCAAAAAGACAUAAUGUGCACUGAUCAUGACAUUCUUAUGGCAUAGUUAACUUGCAAUCGUAGUUCACGCGAAGAUAAAAUGAACAUAACGUGGGUGACAUUUACAUGGCGUGUGUGUGUGUGUGUGUGUGUGUGUGUGUGUGUGAGUGUGAGUGUGUGUGUAUGCAAGAGGGACAUGUUGUGAAGUGACAGAACCAUCACUGAAGAAAGCUGGCUGUGCGGAAACUUUACCGAAAGCUGGUUUCAUUUUCGUCAUGUCACGAGUGUUGAAAAAGAUAAAAAAUUACAGGUUCCCAUAAGAGAAGUGAAUCUCAGAUCUUUCGCUCCCGCUCUCCUAUGGUCUACCACUAGGCCACAGAGCCUCAUAUAUGACAGGGUUCAUAUGUGACCACUGGAAGCCCAAGCUUCAGUUACGAGAUGAUCAUCUUGCAAAAUAACAGUCAUGGCAAAAUUAUAAUAGUUUGUAUGGGAAUAUUUAUGACUGCUCUAAGGAUUAAAAAAAUAAAUAAAGUUCUCAUUAAAAAUAACUCACCUUACUUCCAGUACAUCACUUAUUGUCUGACUGUUUACUACAUUGAAGGGAACCCAUUUUAGCUAGUUAUCCAUUUCUGGGUUUAUAGUUACAUAUGAGAAGCCAUAAGGGCUUUUCUUAUGUAUGUAGUAAACCUAGAAAUGGAUAACUUACUAAAAUGGGUUCUUUUAAAUAUAGUAGGUGGUCAGAUAACAAGCAAUGUACUGUGGAAGUAAGGUGAGGUAUUUUUAUUGAGAGUUUGACUUACCUGUUUUUUUUUUUUUUUUUCAUAAUACAAGAGAGAAGUCGCUGAAAAUUUCAGUUCAAUUGCACUAAAAGAAGCAAAUAUAUCCUUUUUGCUGUUCUAGCUAUUAAGGCAAAAUUACAAAAUUGAAUUUUGUGCUAAUUUCCACUUGACACAUUAAAAUCCACCAGGUACAUAAAUAUCACCCUCCUUUUCUUGUUGUUUGUCAGUUUUUUUCUUUCUUUUGCCAUGGAGCAAUCUCCAAUGUUGACUCCUUGCUCUUUAUAGUUGGCCUUUAGAACUCAGACUGGAUCAGCUCACUGAGUAAUGACCAGGAGAAAUUCCAAUUUCCUCAAGAAUCUUCACAGAAGCCUGACAUCUAAUAUUAAAGUGGGUUACUGCAUCAUAGAUGCCCAACUGCGAGGUCUCAGGGCCAACAAAGACACUCUUCAGUACUCUCUCCCAGAACAUAGCAUCGAGGGCCUCAUUCUAAUUUUGUGUCUUUCCAUGAAGACACCUGCUCAGAAGACUAACUUCACUCAGUCUAGCAAAAAUUGGUUCCAGUUUAGCAAUGACAUCUAAGGGUAGACCAGCCCCAUGCUUGUAGCAGUUUCUUUGAUUGGCUUGAUCCCUCAUGUACCCACACCAACUAGUAGCACCCUCUGCGCAAUGCUGCAAAUGCAGCUUUCCGUCAGCUGAUCAUGAGGAUGCACUUUGAAAUAAACUUGUAUGAAUAGCUGAUUUCAUAGCUGGAAAAUUACCAGGACUCUUAUUUUGCAAGAUGAUCAUCUCACAGCUGGAGCUUGGGCCACCUGUGAUGUGACACAUGUUCCGCAUACCACUAGAACCAUUUCUUAAGUUGAAUAUUGCCUGACAGAGAAAUCGUAUGUGACAAAGUAAUUGCACUUGACAUUGUAAGACUUGUCCUUUUUUCUUUUGUCCAUCAGGUAUCUCACAAACAUUGUUGGUGUUUUUGCUCAUUCUUCCAUCUUAUCAACACGAUCAACUGUGUUUGAGACAAUAAGAAAAGAGAGAGAACUUAACAAGGACCAGAAGUACCCUGCUUUGUUUAUGUGA